UUACCCAGUGGCUAUUAGAUCUAUGAUGAAAUGUAUUAUUAUAUUUUCACUUAGUAACCAAGAUUAUUUACUAAUAAUCUAUUUACAAAGUAACAUUUGUUAUGCGUAUCUUACGUGUCUAUACGAGCCAUACACGUCCACCAGGGUCUAAUUGAAUUUAUUUCAUUUGAUGAUGAAUUUUAAUUGCCGAAAAGAGCUUUCAAUAGAGAUAUUAUAAUACAAGUAAUAGAUGUUUAAUAUAUUUUUUAAUGAACAAUUUUUUUCGGUUCAACUUAUUUGAAAAGUCAUGGAUUCUAAAUAUAAUUCAAAUGAAAAAUUAUUGAUUGACGAUCCGCGGUUUCGAAUAAAACCAGUACAACAAAUGGCUGCUGCUUGUACAGGAGCGUUAAUUACUUCCUUUUUUGUUACUCCAUUGGAUGUAAUAAAAGUACGCAUGCAAGCAGAAUCUAGAAUAACAAAUAAACAUAAAUGUUUUGUAUAUUCCAAUGGUUUAAUGGAUCAUAUUUGUCCAUGUAAUACAUUAAAAAAAAAAACCUCUGAUAGUCCAUAUUACAGAAAUGUCCAAUGGUACAACAGGCCUAUCAAAUUUAAUGGAACACUUGAAGCGUUUAAACAAAUUGCUAAAAAUGAAGGAAUUUUGUCAUUAUGGAGUGGGUUGAGUCCAACAUUAAUACUUGCAUUACCUGCCACAAUUGUUUAUUUUGUAUCUUACGAACAAUUACGAUGUCAUAUUCAUGAUUUAACCAAACCAUAUUAUGCAAACAAUAAUCAAAAUCAACCAUUAUGGAUUUCUGGCAUAUCAGGAUGUGUUGCUCGUUUUGGAGCUGCCACAACAGUCAGUCCAUUAGAACUCAUACGUACUAAAAUGCAAUCAAAAAAACUUAGUUAUUUAGAAGUACAUCAGGCAAUGCAAAGCUUAUUAAAGUAUCAUGGCUAUAAAGGUCUAUGGAGAGGUCUUGGUUCUACUUUACUUAGAGAUGUUCCUUUUUCUGGUAUAUAUUGGGUGAUGUAUGAAUAUAUUAAACAAAUAUCAGGCCAAUCAACAUCAUUUAUGUAUAACUUUAUAGCAGGGAGCAUAGCCGGAACGUUGGCUGCAUCAUUAACUACGCCAUUUGAUGUUGUGAAAACAAUUCGUCAAGUCGAAUUAACUGAAAAAGAAAUUAUUACAGAACCUCCUAAAAUAGUUUACAAAUCGACAUACAAAGAAAUUAUCGAAAUUUAUCAAACAAAUGGAAUACGUGGAAAUUUUAGAGGCUUAGUUCCUCGAAUAAGCAAAGUAGCCCCUGCAUGUGCCAUAAUGGUAUCAACAUUUGAAUAUGGAAAAACAUUUUUUCAGAAUAUAAAUAUGCAAGCACACAAAAAAGAGAAUGAAGAAAUUCUGAAGUAAUAGAAAAAAAAUUUGGAAAAGAAUUAUUUGUAAAGUAUUGUCCAUGGUUACUAUAGAAAUAUAAAACAUAUUUGCAUAACAGUACCGGCCCUUGGUGUGGGGAGGGGGACAAGCGGUGGGAUCGUAAAUCGUAAUAGUACACAAAUUGCGACCCGUGUGGACGUGAUAUUUUCUUAGGAAACGGGUUGUUAUUGACUAAAAUCAAAACGGUACCAAUUAUACUUAGCUAUACGACUAUACAAAUUCUUAUUGGCUUGAAAAUAUUCUAACAUAUUUUUUAUUCAUAAUUUAAUUACAUAUACUACAAGAAA